AUGAGGUGCUUCAGUGGACAGGAGGAAGGAGCUUUCGCACAAUUGAUUGGCAGUUGCCAAGCUCCGAAGUCAGCACACGCUGACGGCAGCAAAAUUCUCUUGUCAGAUUGGAUGGAGUCAAUUGCAGGCCUCUUUCCCGAUGUUGUCAACUGCUCCCAGCCUUCACCACUUCACACACACACUUUCAUCUUCAACCUACCCUGCAGAAGAAUCUUGAUACCGAGGCAUUCGCAAAUCAACUAUCUUACGCCACAAAAAAGCUUGGCCAUGUGA